AUGGGUUCCGGCAAGAAGAACCUCAAGGCGACGAAGAAGUUCGAGAAGAAGCACCUGAAGGGUGUUCUCGACAAGAGGAAGGAAACCGCCAAGAUCAAGCAGCGCGUUCAGACCAAGGCGAAGAAGCAGGCGAAGAAGCCCAAGGAUGCAGAGUUCUUCAAGAACAGCAAUGGCGCGGAGGCUAAGCCUAGGAAUGCCAAGGAUGCCAACGUCAGCGCCAUGAGCGUGGACGACUUCUUCCAGGGCGGCUUCGAAGACAUCAUCGACAAGAAGAAGAGCAAGAAGCAGCUCGGCAAGCGGAAGCGCGAUGCGCCCGAGGGCGACGACGAGGACUCCGACGAGGACAGCGGUUCGGAUGUCUCCGUCGAGGAGCAGCCGGUUGCCAGCGACAGUGAGGACGGUGGCGACGACGACGAUGACGAGGAGGACGAGAACCUUGGCAUGUCCAAAGAAGCCAUGGAUAAGCUCGCCAAGGACGACCCUGAGUUCUACAAGUUCCUCAAGGAGAACGACCCCGAAGCCCUCGACUUUGACGAGAACGACGACAUGGCCGAGAUUGACGAGCUGAGCGCCGGCAGCGACCAGUCCGAAGACGAGCAGCCGAAGAAGAAGCGCAAGAAGGAGGAGCCCGAGGAGGAGGUCCUCCCCGACAACGAGCUCACGCGCGAGAUGGUUGCCAAGUGGAAGAAGUUGAUUGAGGAGAAGCAAAGUCUGCGCGCCGCGAGACAGGUCGUUCUGGCCUUCCGCUGUGCCGCUCACCUCAAUGAGGACGACGCCGAGGAGAACAACGCCGCCCAGAGAUACAGCAUAAACAGCCCCGAGGUGUUCCACGAUGUCCUGAUCGUGGCUCUCAAGCUGGUUCCCGCCGUCAUCUCCCAUCACCUGCCCAUCAAGGAGUCUGCUUCAGGCAAGAUCUACGUUCCGACCGACUCCAAGAAGUUCCACACUCUGUCCAUCAUGAUCAAGACGUUCACGGCAGCCAUCAUCCACCUUCUCAGCACCCUCUCCGACGACGCAACUCUAAAGCUUACCAUUGGCUCAUUAGAGCCUCUUGUGCCCUACCUGUUGUCUUUCCGCAAGCUUCUCAAGGUCCUGAUCAAGACCGUCGUCAACUACUGGGCCAGGCCUGCCAGCUCAGAAGCCACCAAGAUCACCUCUUUCCUUGUUCUGCGGAAAUUGGUGGUUAUCGGAGACAAGGGUGUUCGUGAGAGUGUUCUGAAGGCAACAUACCAAGGACUCGUCUCAGGAUCAAGAGCAACCAACGCCAACACCAUCCGGGGCAUCAACCUGAUGAAGAACUCUGCAGCAGAGCUUUGGGGCAUUGACCAGAACGUUGGCUACACGACAGCCUUCAACUUCAUCCGCCAACUCGCCAUCCACCUGAGGAACAGCAUCGUCAAGAAGGAGAAGGAUUCGCACAAGGUCGUCUACAACUGGCAAUACACCCACUCGCUCGAUUUCUGGUCCUGCGUGCUGGCUGAGCACUGCAGUCCCUUGAAGGAGGCGGAAGCUGGCAAGGAGGGCCAACUGAAGCUUCUGAUCUACCCUCUGGUGCAGGUGACCUUGGGCGCGAUGCGUCUCGUUCCUUCAUCCACAUUCUUCCCCCUGCGGUUCCACCUGAUCCGCUCUAUCUUGCGUUUGUCCCGUGCAACAAAUACCUACAUCCCUCUGGCGUCUGUCCUUCUCGAGGUUCUCGAGUCAGCUGACAUGAAGCGUUUCCCCAAGGCGUCUUCUAUCAAGCCGCUUGAAUUCAACCUCGCCUACAAGGCACCCAAGUCGUACAACCGCACUCGUGUCUUCCAGGAUGGUGUGGGUGAGCAGUUGGUUGAGCUCUUCAGCGAGUACUUUACCAUUUGGGCCAAGAACAUUGCCUUCCCCGAGUUCUCUCUGCCCGUCAUUAUCCAGCUGAAGCGCUGGGUCAAGCAGGCGCGCAAGAUCAGCACUGGCAACAAGAACAACAAGGUCAUCUCCAUGAUCGUUCUGUUGGUGCAGAAGCUCGAGGCCAACGCGAAAUUCAUCGAGGAGAAGCGGGCCAAGGUCGAGUUCGCGCCCAAGGACCGCGCACAGGUGGACGCAUUCUUGCGCGACUUCGAUUGGGAGAAGACGCCGCUCGGUGCCUACGUCGUUGUGCAGCGCAAGAUCCGCCAGGAGAAGACCAAGGCCCUGGAGGAGGCAAGGAAAGAGGACGAAAAGAAGCGCAAGGAAGAGGAGAAGCAGGCGCGGGAUGCCGACGCACCGGAAGACGACUCCGAGGAAGAGUUCGGCGAUGAGCUCAUGGCCGACGACGACGAUGCUGAGGAUGUUGAAGAAAUGGAUGACGAGGAGGAUGAUGACGAAGAUGUGGAGGAUGACAGCGAGUAG